AACAUGCAGCGGAAUAAACAGGUGGCUAUGGGACGCAAGAAAUUUAACAUGGAUCCCAAAAAGGGUAUUCAGUUCCUCAUAGAGAAUGAAUUGCUGAAGAACACUUGUGAAGAUAUUGCUCAAUUUCUCUACAAGGGUGAGGGCCUCAACAAGACAGCCAUCGGAGAUUAUCUGGGUGAAAGGGAUGAGUUCAAUAUUCAGGUUCUUCAUGCCUUUGUGGAGCUUCAUGAAUUUACAGACCUCAACCUGGUUCAGGCACUCAGACAGUUUUUAUGGAGUUUCCGGUUACCGGGUGAAGCUCAGAAGAUCGAUCGAAUGAUGGAGGCUUUUGCACAGCGUUACUGUCAAUGCAAUCCCGGUGUCUUUCAGUCCACAGAUACAUGUUAUGUGCUUUCAUUCGCAAUCAUCAUGUUGAACACAAGUCUGCACAACCCUAAUGUGAAGGACAAGCCAUCUGCAGAGCGAUUCAUUUGCAUGAACAGAGGCAUCAAUGAUGGAGGAGAUCUGCCAGAAGACCUGCUCCGAAACCUUUAUGAGAGCAUUAAGAAUGAACCCUUCAAGAUACCUGAAGACGACGGCAAUGACCUGACGCACACGUUCUUUAACCCCGACCGCGAGGGCUGGCUGCUCAAACUGGGUGGACGGGUCAAGACGUGGAAGAGGAGAUGGUUCAUAUUGACGGACAACUGUCUAUAUUAUUUUGAAUACACCACUGAUAAAGAGCCGAGAGGGAUCAUUCCUCUGGAAAAUCUCAGUAUUAGGGAAGUGGAUGACUCCAAGAAGCCAAACUGCUUUGAACUCUUCAUCCCAGACAACAAGGAUCAGGUCAUCAAAGCCUGUAAGACUGAAGCAGAUGGACGGGUUGUGGAAGGAAACCACACGUUCUACCGCAUCUCAGCACCAACAACAGAGGAGAAAGAGGAGUGGAUCAAAAGCAUCAAGGCUGCAAUAAGCAGAGAUCCUUUCUAUGAGAUGCUUGCUGCCAGGAAGAAGAAAGCCUCAUCUCUGAAGAGACAGUAGGGCUGUUUGUACAUGGACCUGGAAAAGAGGCGAAUGAGAAAUGGAAGCCAUAACACUGGAUUGGAGCGAUUUUAAUCUCAGGAAUGACCUGGAGUUUUGAAGGUUAUCGUGCAGUUGGCUUUCUGAGAAGUUGUCUGACAUCUAUGUUUGUUUAAUUGAACGGACAUUGAGUACUCGCAACCAGUACAUCAUCUCAAAUCAGCAGGUCUGACUGAAUGUGGAUCUCGUUGAGCUUUUGUAAGCUUGCUGCAAGACAUGACCGUUCCUCUCUGUGCUUUGAUACAUAUUAAAUGCUAAUUGUGCACCUAUUUUUACACUGCUAUGUACUGUAAAUAUCUGGGAGAGUUUUGGCCUUGUUUUGUUUGAGACUAUCUAGCUUUGUUGUUCUAUUCGUUUCUGAUCUGCUGUCAUAUUUAUGGUUUUGUUGUUGUUGGCUAGACAUUUUUCACAUUUUGCCAAAGUUUGUCUUUCCGUAUUAUACUGUCCUAAAAACUGAAAUCGAGUGCCUGGGUGCAUUCUGAUUCAUGAAAUGAAUAUGGUUUAUUUUGAUGCUGUUUAUUUAGCUUAAACAGUGUUUUAUUUAAAAUAUCAGGACAUUAUUCACUGAUCUCAUAGGUGGCCUUGAAAGACUGUGUAAUCCAAAAACAUUUCAGUAAGUUUGAGUCAUAUUUAUGGAAAAAAGUCAAAUUAAACUACUGAUUUAAUAGUUUAUUUUGUGUUUUGUAUUUUACCACCUUAAAUGUACUGGUAAAAUUAACGCCCCCCCAAAACACAUUUUUUUCUGCUUUAUAGGCACUGAUAGUUGAGAGAAAACUUUUAAAUACUAAUUUAUCAAUGCUGUACAUAUUUAAACAUCUAGGUUGUUUUAUUUUUUAUUGUCAAAAUAUACUUUGUGCAAAAGUAAUGGGGUGAAAAAAAAAGGUUUUGACCCAU